CCUUGAAAAGAUCGUUUAGCUGAUUGUGUGAUUUCACAAUACAUGUAUAUAACUUGUAAUUGAUGCAGAUUUCCUAUGCAUUAGUUGUCUAAAAAAAAAAGAGAAAGAAAAACAUAAUAUCACAAAUUUUAUAGUUAAACUGCCACAUGUGGGUUCGUUCAAGGCUGCCUUUCUUACCAUGCAUACUUAGAACGCAGACCUACUCGAGUCUCAUCUCUUCAUAGCGACAGGCACAGCACGGAGAGGAAACAUGGAUUUGGAGGAUUUCCAGUUAUUCCCGCAUCGAAACGCCUUACGAAAUACUUUUGCACUUAUAGGCCUUCUUCAUGUUCUGAAAUUCCUCGCAGCUACGGCAUGGAACUUGGCAGUGGGUCUGAGAGCUCAUGUGUGGUCCAAACUCCGUAACAAGAAUUUCGUUGAGACUUACGGGAAAUGGGCAGUCGUCACAGGAAGUUCAGACGGCAUCGGGAAGGGCUAUGCAUAUGAACUCGCUAAGAAAGGGAUGAACCUGCUCUUGAUAUCUCGCACGAUGGAAAAGUUGCAGAAAAUCAAAGAAGAGAUCGAUAAAGAGUUCGGAGUAGAGGUAGAGAUAAUGCAAGCAGAUUUCAGCCACGGAAAGCAGGUGUAUGACGAGAUCGAGGAACGCGUCAAAGGGAAGGAGAUCGGCCUUUUAGUGAACAACGUCGCCGUCGUAUUACCACAUCCCAUGAACUUCUGCGAAGUCAGCGACCACCAGCUUUGGAGUCACGUCAAUGUCAAUGUUGCAUCUCCCUUGGCAAUGACGAGAAUGAUCCUGCCAGGGAUGCUCGAGCGCGACCAAGGAGCCAUCGUCAACAUCGCUUCUAUCUACGGCCGCUACCCCGUUCCGAUGGUCCAGAUGUACUCCGCCUCCAAGGCCUUUGUAGACUUCUUCUCUGAGGCCUUAGGUUCAGAAUACGAAAAUUCUGGCGUGACUUUUCAGACCGUUACCCCUGCCUAUGUCUCGACCAACAUGACGAGCUUUUCCGAGAAGAUUCACAAACCAAGAUUCUUCGUGCCUACAGCCUCCAACUUCGCUGCUCAUGCGGUGGAUACCAUAGGAUACACCGCUUAUACGACAGGCUAUUGGACCCAUGGCAUUCAGGCUUGGAUAAUGGAUAAUUUCCUUUCACGAUGGAUCUGGAUGAAGAUUCUGAAGAAGAACUGCGAGUAUUUACUGAAGGAUUCAAAGAAGACCAAAGAUGAAUGAAUACAUGGCGGAGGAUCAGCAGAAGUGGAUGACAGGAAAAUAACAUUUGGUGGAAAAUGUGUGAUAGAGCCCAGCUGAGUUUCUGGAUGAAAGGGAUGAAAAUCUGUACAAGUAAACAGACAGCGAUCUUUACUUAUAAUAAAUAAAUAAAUUAAUAAAUCAAUAAAUGAACAGAUUAGAAAUGAAAAAAAAGAUAAUUAAUUAAUAUGUAUAUAUACACAUUUUUUUCUGGUUUUGUAUGUUAUUCAUUUUCAAUAUAGUCGCCUUCCUUAGCAAUACCGCUAAUGACCUUAGCUGUUGACGCGGCAGAUAAUUUUAAAUCCUUAGCAAUACGCAACCUAUGCUUCUGUUUUUAACACUGAUUAAAACAAAUAAAAUACACUUUGAGCCGU